AUGGCAAAGAAAAAGGGGCGUCGCUCCACAAAUGUGGCACGGAAGCGUGAAAAACGCAAUCGUGACCGGAAAUCCAGACAAAAGCAACUUGCACUUGAGAAGCAACGUAGACUCCCUCAUGAAAAAUCGGAAGAAGAACAUCUACACGCCUGCAUCUCACAGAGCCGAGAACUGCUUGAUGAACCUGAGUUUGAGGGCGUAUAUUUCGACCCGAUACUGAUGCACAAACGAGUGAUGGAAGUACUUGAACACGAUGAAACAGAGAAUACAGACGCACCCAUAGAUAUAUCGGAAUAUCUUGUUGAGCCUGAAGAAGACUCAGUCUAUCUUACAAAUGUAAAUGUAGAUGAAGCAAUCAUAAAUGAGGAUCAACCAAUCAUAGUGCCAGAAGCAGAAGAAGCAUGCGAUCAUUUUCGCUUAGAGGUGCUCCCGCAUCUGGUUACACCAGAUUUUAUACAAAAAUUAACACAAGCACUUACAGCAUGUGAAACACGCCUCAAGUUCACAGGCAACCGAGAACUCGCUGAGGUUGCUUUCGUUACCCGUUCGCUUUUUGAAGCGGCACCGCCGGAGAUAUUGGCGUUUCACCCAAUGAUUCAAACCAUCGGUAUCGAAACGUUACGCGCACUCGUGGAAGAAAUAGACGUAAUUAUUGACGGGCGUGAAGAUGUCAAAGAGAUUCUUUCGGAUGUUCUGGCACAAGAAGAUUCAGAAACAUAUCAAUCUCAACCUAUGUCCGUCUUUUCAAAUACAGGUUUAGACGAGGAUAUCCCAAAAAACGAUGAGAUUGAAUCUGAUCCCGUCGAAUCGGUUUCUCUCCAUACGGAAGUGAUAGAUGCAGAAGAAGUCGUUAUUGAAGACAGUUUACCUACGUCUAUAGAGGCAGAAAGGGAUCUGCCUGCGGCAUCUGCUCAACCUGUUGAGCCAGAGCCGGUUGGCCUUCAGGAAACAAUUCCAUCAGAAAUAGCACCGCCUCCACCAACCCUGUCACCUGAUGAACUUCCGGCAUGCGCGCUUUAUAAAAAUUUUAACGGUUUAGCUAUAAAAGAUAACUUUGAAGAGUCAAUAGACGACGCGUCUUUACAAGAAGGGUUUGCAAACUACGUUUUGGUGAACGAGAACGAAGAACAAAUUGAAUUUGCUGACGUGGAGAAUGAACGGUACAUUACAGUCACCGAAGAGAGACUACAAUUACAUGCCCGUUCAGAAACAGAUCUUAUUAUCGCAAUGGCAGAGGUAGAAGCGCGCUGCACAUCCGUAGUCAUGUAUCUCGCCAAAACGAUCUAA